UCUUGAAAUUCAAUAACAAACUGUUGGAUGGCGUCCUAAGUUUACAGCGAAUUUCAUACAAUUGCGUCAGAUGUUUAAGAUAGAUUUCUAAUUCCUUUCAGCUGCUAACUUAAAAUGGCUGGAUCAAGACCAUUUUUCUGGAUAUGGCUAAGCUGGAUGCUAAUAUCAGGCAUUGCAGCUACAGAUCCCAAUGUCGAAAUUUUCAACCGGAUGCUUAGUCAGAUGGACCAUAAAGGCAAGCCCUGCCAGAACUUCUACAACUCUUCGCAAAAGAAUCUCGAAUGGGAAGAGCCACCGACGGUAAAUGCUCAGUUUCAAAUCCUAUUCGAUGGACUUAAGGACCAAAUCUUCGAGGAGCAUAGCUUGGAGGAGAAAUUGCGCCGCUUCUACGAGAUUUGUGAGGCGUCGUCGAAGCUCCAUAGACCGUUGAAGUAUUAUGACCUGGUACCACCGGGUGAAGACAUUCAGUGGCCCCAUCAGACACCCCCAGGUAUCGAAUGGCCCAAAGAGAAAUUUCAAUGGAUGGAGACACUGGCCAGACUUCGUCGCUAUGGCCUGAAUGACGUCAUGUUUGGGAUGACCGUAAGAGAAGAUCAAGACAGUAGUGCCAACACCAUAGUGGUUAUUGAAAAAAAGUAUGAUUUUAAAUUCCGGUUCAUUGAAUCAAUACAUCGUCUUGGCUUGUCCUGCAAGUUUGUAAAUGAGUUAGUGCCUUUGGAUUCUGCCCUUCAAUCGCUAUUCAAAAACGAUAUAAAGUGGGAAAUGGAUUCCGCCAAUGCCCAAGAACGACGGAUAAGUCUAGAGGAUCUGGAGAUGUAUUAUGGAGUGUCCUUGAGCAAGUACCUCGAGAUCGUCUUCGGUCGCCGCUUUCCGCCCAACUUCGAAGUGCAAGUGCAGGAUCUGUACUACAUCAUGAGGCUCCAGGAACUAUUAAGGACCUUUGAUAGCCAAGUGGUAGCCACUUAUCUAGCUGUACGCUUUCACUUCUUCACAAUGUUCUCGCUGGGAAAGUCAAAAUAUGAUGUAAGUAAUUCCUGUGUGAAUGCCGUUCGCUUUUGCAUGGAAUUCGCCAGUAACUUAUUGUAUGAGGAACGCAUACUGGGUCGCAAAAAGUUAUGGAGCUACCGGAACCAAGCCGAAAAGGUAUUCGAAGCCAUGCGCCACCAGCUUGCCGUCCGCCUCGAAAGAAACUCCCUAAACCUGACGGCACCAGAGAUCACUUCCUUGCAAAAAAGGCUGAAGAGCUUUAGUCUGAGCAUUGGAAACCUACCAGGAAAAGCGGGCCAUCGACGUUUCGUAGCCGACUUCUAUAAGGAUUUGGAGUUCGAAGACGACGAGGCACUCGAUAGUGCCCAUCUGAAGCUAUUGCAGUUACGCACGCGUGCCGAGUUAAGUGCACUUGACCAACCAUUGGCCAAAGUCAGGAGGUACAUCCUGCAUACCUAUCCCAUCUCAAAUCAUUUUUUCGAAUCUGCAUUCGAGGAGAAUGGAAACACAAUAUAUCUGUCCUAUGACAUCCUGGCGGAUCCCUCUUUCGACCCCAACAGCCAUGACAUAUUUAAGAUGAUUCCGCUGGCCAUCCGCUUUGGCGUCCAAAUUAUGCGAAGUUUUGGCAUACGCAAUUGUAAGGGAAACGAGCUGAAUCUGCUCCAUAUGUUCGAUGACAACCAGCUAAAUACCGUCGGCCCUAUUUGCAUAGACAUUGGGCAUCCAAAAAGGUUGCAGCACUUGCGGGAGUUGUAUCUCCUAAACCUGAAUUUAGCCCAUGAAGCCUACUUCGCAGAGGGUUCAAAGUUCAGCCAAAGGCAGCCCAACUUCACCACAAUGUCACUGAAGGAGUUGUUUUUCUUCAGGUUCGGCCAGAGCUCAUUUGGUAGCACUUUGUAUGAAGAAAGCGAUUUGGUGAUGGGAAGUCCUCCCAUUAAUGCCAUGGUUACGCUACCCGCAUUUGUUCACGCCUUUAACUGCCCAGAUCCUGGACAAGUACAGGGAAAAACGCUCAAGCCAUUUUUUUGAUAAGUAAACUAUCUAUCUAAGAAAACGUUGUCUACCUCAUUGUAGUUUAAAUACAAUACAAAACAAAUUUGAUAUAAUCAAUAAAAAAAAAAUCUUUGACCGACUGUAUUUUAGUUUUAAGCAACUUUUAAUUAAAUACAGAGCAUUUAUAGAAACUUAA